GAAAUAACCGAAAAAACUGGCGCCGAAUCCUCCUCCUCAGCCCUCCCUGUGUCAACAAGGGAGAGAGAGAGGGAGAGAAUUUCGUCAUUUUUCCUCCGUUUCCUCCAUUAUUCCUCCAAGAUGUUCGCGGGACUUUCCUCCAACAACACCCAGGACCACAAUAGGCCUGAACUCUACGAGGAGGUCAAGCUGUACACCAAUGCCAGGGAGAGGGAAAAGUACGACAACCUUGCGGAGCUGUACGCUGUGAUGAACACCCUCCAGAGCCUUGAGAAGAUGUACAUUAAGGACGUGGUGCCCCCCAAGGAGUACACAGCCUGGUGCAGCAAGCUUUUGGUACAGUACAAGGCGGCCUUCAAACUGGUGCAAUGUGAGGAGUGCCCAAGCGUGGAGGCUUUCGUCAAAAAGUACAAGCUGGACUGCCCGGCCGCCCUGGACCGCAUCCGUGAGGACCGCCCCAUCACCAUCAAGGACGAUAAGGGCAACACAAGCAAGUGCAUCGCUGACAUCGUAUCCCUGUUCAUCACGGUCAUGGACAAGCUCCGUCUGGGCAUCAACGCCAACGAUGAGCUGCAGCCUGACCUCAAGGACCUGCACGACAAUAUGACCAGACUCUCCCUCAUCCCACAGGACUUUGAGGGUCGGGUCAAGGUCAAAGAGUGGAUCAACACCUUGGAGGGGAUGACAGCUGACGAGACACUUUCCGAGACACAGGUCCGACAGGUAAUCUUUGACCUGGAGAGUGCUUACAACGCAUUCAACCGUCUCCUGCAACACACCUGAGGGGCGACGGGUGUGUGGCGGGUGUGGGGCGGGUGUGGGAGGGUGAGCAGAUUUAGGAGAGGCAUGUUAAGUGUGAUAGAGAGAGAGAUAUGCAGGUUUGGAAUGACUUGGCAGGUGUGUGGAAGCUGGGGAAGUGUGUGUCAGGUGUGGGGCGGGUGAGCGGGUGCAGGAGGAGUGUGUUAAGUGCGAGAGAGAGAGAGAGAUAUGCAGGUUUGUAAUGAUUUGGCAGGUGUGUGGAAGCUGGAGCAGUGUGUCAGGUGUGUGUGAGAGAGAUUCGUGGGUGUUUGCAGGUGUGGAAAUAUGUGUAGAUGUGUAAUUACCAGGUUUGGGUAUGUGCUGGAAGGUGUGUAAGUGUGUUUUCAGGUGUGUGGAGACUGGAGAGUGAGAGAUAUAUGCAGGUGUGUGGGAGAGAGCCAUGUGGAGGGAUAGAAGGCCUGUGGAGGUGUGGAACGGGUUUGGAAGAGGUGUGUGAGAGAGAUUUGCAGGUGUGUGUGUGUGUGUGUGUGUUUUCAUAUGUGGAAAAAAUGCCAAAACCAGGUGUGUAAGUGUGUGUUAAAUUGCUUUCAGGUGUGUAGUUAGCAGGUGUGGGUGUGUUUGAAGGUGUGUAAAAGGCCCUGCAGGUGUGGACAGAUGUGUGGAAAGCUUGUCAGGUGUGUGGGAGAGAGAUAUGCAGGUGUGAGUGUGUUGGGAGGUGUGUAAGUGUGUUUUCAGGUGUGUAGAAGGCCCUGCAGGUGUGGACAGAUGUGUGGAAGGCUUGGCAGGUGUGUGAGAGAGAUAUAUACAGGUGUGUGGGAGAGACUGAAGUUGAAAAAUGAUAAAAAAGUGCAGAUGUGUGAUUAGCAGGUGUGGAAGGAUAAUUUCAGGUGUGUACAUGUGUUAAAAAAAAGUAUAUUUAGCAGGUUUGGAGGAGAGGCAGGUGUGUGUGAGUGAAUUUCAGGUGUGUAAAGAGAGAGACAGAUGUGUAAGUGUGUGAUUAACAGGUUUGGAAGUGCAUGCAGGUGUGUAAGGCUUGAUUUCAGGUGUGGAAAGAGAGACAAAACUGUGUAGAUGUGGAAUUUGCAGGUGUGUGUGUGUGUGUGUGUGUAAUAUAACAUCUAUUGCAAUCUAUAUAAAUCUAUGUAAUCUAUUUGAAGACAUCUAUUAUAUUAAACCUUUCCAAUUGUUAUUAUUAUUUGUAUUUCUCUUUUUGUAUAAGUAAGUAAAUAUAUAUAAAGUUAA